UGAUAGUCAAUUUCUUAAAAAUGUCAACUCAAUCCGAUUCCACUUCCACUUCAACUUCAACUUUACCAGAUCCAACAACACUAGCAAUCUCAUUAAUCCCAUUAUUACCUUCAAGUUUAACUUCAACAAACCAAUCUCAAAACAAUAAAUCAAAACCUAUCAAUAUACCAAUCUUAGCAGCUAGUUUAUCAACUUUACCUGAAAAUGUCAUCAAUGCUAUACAUGUCUUAGCUCAAGAAUUAAAGAAUUUAAGAGAAGAACAAUUAGUAUCAGAUAGUUUUCAAUCAAAUCAUUCUCAUAGACAAACAAGUAUAACGAAAUCAGGUAAUAGUGAGGUAACCGAUCAAGAUUCUUUGACUCGUGAACAACGUGAAAAGUGGUUGGAAAAUCAAAAGAUCAAUCAUUUAACAAAAUCUAUUUCAUCACUCACAAAUUUACAUUCAAGUCUUCAAUCACGACAUCUUGAAACAGUCGAUACUUUAUCCAAUUUACAACAAGUACAUGAUCGAGAAAAACAACAAUUAACAGACGAACGUGAUGGAGUUAGAGCGGUCAAUACAGUCUUAAGAAGAAAGAUAUGUAAUUUAGAAAAACAAUUAGAUGCUAGUAAAGAAGUCAUGGAAGGUGUUUUAGAGAAAGUUGAAACUGUUAAUGGUGGUGAUUGGUCAAUCGUGGAUCAUGGUCGGAUUCAUGUUCAUAGCCCUUUGAUGAAAAGUCAUCAUCAAGCCAUCGAAUGUAAUCAUUCUACUGCAUUCUCUUUGUUCGACGAGUCUCAUAACCAACCACCUUCUGUUGCUCUUGAUCUCAAUGCUAGUGGUCUAUCUCAUUCAGGUUCCCAUAUUCAUGAAACUUCUGAACAUCGAGUGACAGGUCACUUACAUCAAAGCACAUCAUCAGCAGGGAACAACCAGCGAUCACUGACUUUAAUUGUUGAGUUAACCGAAGAGCUGGAAUCUUUAAGAGAAGAAGCUAAAAACGAAUUAGAAUCUAAAGAUGACGAGAUACGUGUUUUGAAACGAUUAGUUGGAUUUAGGGAUCAAGAGAUUAAGAUUUUGAUUACCAGAUUAGAAAACUUUAUGGGUUUGAACGGGUUUUACGUUCCGGUUAAGGAUGCUCAACCAACUGAUGCCUUUAUGCAAAAAGAUAUGUUAGAUCUGCAUGAUACACCCAAACAACAUCAUAUACCUACUUUGAAAGGGAAGGAAAAGGCUCAUCUUGAUAUGGAUCGUUCACAUUUGAAUCCACUGAACGGAGACUAUCCUUGGAGCCAAAAUCAUCAAGACCAGUAUGCUGGAUCGGUAUCCGAUGCCUCAAACCGAUCUCGAUCUCAUCACCUACUACGACCUGGUCCAAAUCAUCAUCAUCAUCUAUCAGGAGAUGAAUUUGACUCUUUAACAUCUUUAGAUACUUGUGAAAACGAAGCGCUUUCAAGAGCUUUAGCUGACUUAUCAAAUCAAGUUUUGGACUUAAAGUAUGCAUUGAAAGAAGUUAGUAAGGAGAGAGAUACAUUAAGAAAACUGAGAUCUAAACACAAUCGUACUUCUGAAAGUCCACCUAAUGAAGUUGAAGAGGAUUAUUCGUCUUUGAAAAAAUGUUUGAAAGAAUUACAAUCUGAACGAAAUCGAUUAAAUGAAGAUCUAAUUCAAAUGGAAAUCAAGAAUUUUGAACUUGAAAAACGAAUUACAGAACAAGAAGGAGAAUUUGAAAGAGUAGCAGAAAGAGUCCAAAAUAAAUUAGAAGAACAAAGAAGAAAAUUGUAUGAAGCUAAACAUGAGAUUGAAGAAUUACAAAACCGAUUAGAACAAACAGAAGGAGCUGAAAAGAUUUUAAGAAGAGAAUUAGAAGAAGAAAAAAGAAGAGGGAAUGUCUUGAUGAGUUUGAUGAGUAAUUCGAAUCAUCAUAAAAAAGAAAAAGAAAGAGAAAAAGAAAGGCAGAAAGAGAGAGGUUCUAGUACUACUAGUUCUUCUAGUAGGAGAAGUCGAUAUGAGAAAGCUGUUUCGAGUAGACCUAGGUCUAGACUUGAUUCAUUGGACGAUGAACCUACUACUUAAAAUUGAUUCUUUGAUCUUUGGAAGAUAUCCUCUUGGUUUGAUCUUUAGUAUUUAUGUUCUUGUUGUGAUUAAAGAAUGAUGAUAUUAGCAAUGUAUAAUGUUUUUUUCCCAAGGAAUAUAUAUUUAUUGGUUAUCAAUUCAUUUUUCAAUGGAAGUUAUUGGGAUUCAGUUUUUCUUUUGUGGGAUUAUAUAUGUUGUUUGAUUAUUAAAUUGAUGGAAAGGAUUGAAACUUUUUGGAAACUUUU